UCCAGGAAGAGAGUUGCCAUUUUGAGUUGGGGGAAAGAGUUGCAUGUCAGAGUUGCCUAUUAGGCACCCAAGUGGAGAUGCUGAGUAGGCAGUUGGAUGUAUGCGGCUGGAACUCAGCGUAGAGGCUGGAGAUACGAGUCUGGGAGGCAUCUAGGUAGAGAUGACAUCUGAGGUCACAAGACUGGAAGGGAACGUGAAUGGAGUGUGAAUGGAUAAAGAAGAGAGGGCUGGGUUCUAGCCCUGAGACACUCUAAAGGGAAAAGAGGAAGAACCAGCAAAGGAGAAGAGAAGGGGUCAGGAAGCCACUCAAGAGAGUGGUUUCCUGGGCACCAAGUUUAGAAAGUGUUUCAAGGGAGGAGUGAUCUGCUGUGUCAAAUGCUACAGAUAGGUCAAGAAAGAUGAGUAGAAGUGACUGUGGUGUUAGUACAGUGGAGGACACUGGUCCUUGACAGGGGCAGGUUCAGUGGAAAGGUGGAAAUUCCUGGGGCAGUAUCUCAGAGAACAAUGAGGGAGGGUAGAAUUCUGUGCACAGUUGUAGGAAUCGGUCUUAACAGGCAGUUCAUACAGUCAUAGGAGGGAGGCAAUUAGGUGGCUCCAUGAGAUGAUACGAACCUGUGAAUUUACUGAUCCCCAGGAUUUUUCUUAGUGAAAUAGGAAGCAAAAUCAUUAGCCAAGAAUAAGGAUGAAGAAGAAAGUGAUGGAGGUUUGAUGAGAAGAGAAACAUGACAUAAUUCUUUAGGAUGAUGGCUGGGGCCAGCUGAAGGAUGGUAUUUAAAACCCAGUUGAGCAGAAUGUGGCGAGCUACGUUUCUCCUUGAGAGGUUAGUCCCUCAAGGCGCUCGGUAGUCCGCGUCCGUUUCCUUGGAGACGGACAGCCCGGUCUGGCUGGAAAGUUUGAGCCGCCUAGGUUACCACGUGGUCCACGCUCAGACAAAAGAGUUGCAGAAGCCGAAGAAAUAGGCAUCGCAAGAGAUCGGAGCCCCGCGGACUCACGACUCUUCUUCCAUUUUCCCCAAUGGCCCAUGUCUUUCCAAAACCCAACCGCUCUGGGAUUCGCUCCACAGUCCACAACUUCCAGAUUCUGGAUUAUGUUCCAUGGCAGCGGUCCAAGCAGAAAACCAAGCCAUCUACUCUGCCUCCAGUCCUACAAUCCAGAGGCCACAAGAAGACCAGAGUGAAGGCUUUGACUAGUGUCCCGCCAGCGUUGCAUUCCAAGUCCGCCACGUCGAUGACAAGCCAGCUGAGGCAGCCACAGGAAAUGCACAGAGAGAAGCUGGACUCUGGGAAGGCACAGGCCAAAAUCCGGCUAAUGAAGACGUUGCUCAGGAACGAGCGAAACUCACUCCAGGAGCUGUGCAGCCAUGAGGUCUUCCUCACCACGCUCAACUGGGAGCUGGUCAAGGCCAUCCAGGACAUGGAGGACAGCUCGGCCCUGAACGCGCGCGCGAUGCUGCAGCAGCAGGACAUCCUUGCGACCAUCGUGGACAUCUUGGAGUGCUCCAACAAGAAGAAGCUGCGGCAGCUGACGUGUGAACUGAAGGAGUGGGAGGAGAAGGAGGAAUCGAAGAUGAAGCACCUGGAGCAGCAGGUGGAACAGCUGAACGCCACGAUCGAGAAGACCCAGAAGGAAGUGAACUUCCUGAGCACGUACAUGGACCGCGAGUACCCUGUCAAGUCGGUCCAGAUUGCCAACCUUGUGCGCCAGCUGCAGCAGAUAAAGGACAGCCAGCAGGAUGAGCUGGAUGACCUUAAUGAGAUGCGCAGAAAGGUCCUGGAGUCCUUGUCUGAGCAGAUUCAGAGGAAGAAGAAAAAACUUCUGAGAUCUCUGGUGGUGAAAAACCAGCAGCGCCAUCAGGAGGCUCUUCUGCAGAAGAUCCGGGAUGGCCAGGACAUGCUGAGAUGCACGGGCAAGUUCAAAGAAUUUAUCAGCCAGUUUGAGGAGGAGAUACCCAUCCUAAAGGCCGAGGUGGGGCGGCUCAAGGUCCAAGUCCAGGAGCCCCGAGAGACCGUGUUUGCGGAUGUUCUGCUUCGGAGACCCAAGUGCCCCCCAGACAUGGACGUCAUCCUCAACAUCCCUGUGGAGGAACUGCUCCCCUUCUAGAUGGCGGGCCAUGGGCCACCCUUCCCUCCCUGCUCUUUCCCCCAUACCUGGAGCCUUGACUUGUCUCCUUCCACGGCCACGUGUCCACUCAGACCCUGGUCUGCCCUCUCCCCCUUCCUCCCUCUCUUCCUUCCUUUCUUUCUUUCUCCCUCUCUCCCCCCACCCUUCCUCUCCUUUCCUCCCUCCCUCCCCCUCCCCCCUCCCUCUUUUCUUUCUGGCUGGUGCAGCUGCUUGGGCCAGGUGUGCAUUCCCAGUGAAGCGUGCCAUUUCUUUUUACCAAUAAAGCUGGCUUUGCAUUUGCUCCCUUGCUUGGAGAUUUCCGGCUAGGCCUAGAGAAGAUGUGGUAGGCACGGACUGUCUUAAGAUAAGGGGUGGGUAACUGUGCUGACCGUAUCUGGGGGCACAGAACAUCUCAAGAAGGGCUCCUGACCCCCUGCCUGAGUCUCGAUGGCUCUGUGGCUCCGGGCUGCCCCGCCCCUGGCAUCCCUGGUGCAGUGGGAGCCCAGCUUCCCUCCGGAUUUGUACCCAGACCUUUUGAGGCCAGGUCCAGGGCGGAGGGGAGACCCCCCGAGUCCGAUGCACCUGGGAUUUGCUGGGCUUUCAUAGCCGAUGGCCAUCUCUAUUCUCGUGCAGCUGUCUGUCUGUCCACUGCCUGUGCCCCAGCUGUGCGCGGACGUGACACCCACCCAGGUGCGUAGUUGGGCACAGCCCCCAGCGCGUGCUCCUGGACCCCCUGCAUGCAAGGACUGUCCCUCCAGUUACUGGGAGUGCUGUUAGCACACAUCCCUCGGCCGUCGGACCCUCAGGGGCUGCCUCGGCUGCAGAGGCCACUUCACCCAAGGUCAGCUGUCCUCCCACAUCCGAUGACUGCUCCGGGUGCAAAUACCGAAGUCCCGGCCGUCUUGGCCUCACUUGGGACAACUCCGAAGGUCUGUUCUGGCUCCAGAACUCCCUGUAGGGUCAACUGAAACAGUCCUCGGGCCUGCCUCGCAGCUUGACCUCUCCCUCUGCCGAGUCCUGCCUGCCUCUCCCUUCCUCAGUUGACUCCCGGGUGCCCAUUAAUAAACAUCCUGCACUUUGUA